AGGGAUGGCUCUGAUUCUCAACAUCACCCCAAUCGAAUGCCCACUGACUUUGUUCGUUUGCCUUACCGCUGCUGGGAAGGUUAUUGUCGAUGAGCUACGGUUGUUCCCCCUGGGGUCCUACCCCGUCGACAGAUACUAUCAAGGGACGAGGAUGGUAUUUGUAAUAGGCACUCUGGCGAGUGUCACCGGAGUAGGAGUUGUCCUUCUGGCUGCGCAACGGAAUUGCAAAUCCUGGACGAUAUUCUUCCCAUUUACUGGCUUAAUAUCAGGCUCGUACCCAGUCGUCGUCCACGGAGCGACGACGACUGGGUACGAGUCCGGUAGUAGACUAGACCCCUGGUGUGGAGUUCCCCUUCUAGCUGCGCGCGCGGCGCGUGGUUAAUGAGCAUCCAAGCGAUACGGUGGG